AUGUUCGGUGUCACCACCCUUGACGUUGUCCGUGCCUCGCGCUUCAUCUCGCAGCUCAAGAGCACCGACCCCGCCUCGGAGAACAUUGUCGUUGUUGGUGGUCACUCUGGUGCCACCAUCGUCCCUCUGUUGAGCCAGUCUGGCUACAACCUCGAGGGCGAGCAGCUCGACGCCUACGUCAAGCGCGUCCAGUUCGGUGGUGACGAGGUCGUCCAGGCCAAGGGCGGUGCUGGCUCUGCCACUCUUUCCAUGGCCAUGGCCGGUGCCCGUUUCGCCGAGUCGCUCCUCAAGGCCGCUCAGGGCGAGAAGGGUGUCAUUGAGCCCACCUUUGUCGACUCUCCCCUCUACAAGGACCAGGGUGUUGACUUCUUCGCCUCGCAGGUCGAGCUCGGCCCCAACGGUGUUGAGAAGAUUCACCCCGUUGGUCAGAUCACCGACUACGAGCAGAAGCUCCUCGACGCCUGUCUCAAGGACCUCAAGGGUAACAUUGAGAAGGGUGUCAAGUUCGCCAAGGAGAACGCUUAA